AUGGGGACUCUGAGUAAGGUGUUAUGUCUUCUCCUGCUGUGCUAUACCGUGGCUGCUGCUGCUGCUCCUGGAGGUUCUUUGAAGUACAAGGACCCAAAACAGCCUUUGGGUGCAAGAAUCAGGGACUUGAUGAACCGCAUGACUCUCCAAGAGAAGAUUGGCCAAAUGGUUCAGAUCGAACGCAGCGUCGCUACACCUGAAGUCAUGAAGAAAUACUUCAUCGGGAGUGUGUUGAGUGGUGGAGGAAGUGUGCCUUCUGAAAAGGCGACUCCUGAGACUUGGGUGAACAUGGUCAAUGAGAUCCAAAAGGCUUCUCUUUCGACACGCCUUGGAAUCCCAAUGAUCUAUGGGAUUGAUGCUGUUCAUGGUCACAACAAUGUCUACGGCGCCACCAUUUUCCCUCACAAUGUUGGACUUGGAGUCACCAGGGACCCUAAGCUUCUGAGGAGGAUUGGGGAAGCAACUGCUCUUGAAGUUAGAGCGACAGGAAUCCCAUAUGCCUUUGCACCGUGUAUUGCAGUUUGCAGAGAUCCGAGAUGGGGAAGAUGCUACGAGAGCUACAGUGAGGAUUACAGAAUUGUCCAACAGAUGACUGAGAUUAUCCCCGGUUUGCAAGGAGACAUUCCUACCAAGAGAAAGGGUGUUCCCUUUGUAGGUGGAAAGACAAAAGUGGCGGCUUGUGCUAAGCACUUUGUGGGAGAUGGAGGUACAGUGAGAGGGAUAGACGAGAACAACACAGUGAUUGACUCGAACGGGCUGUUUGGCAUUCACAUGCCUGCAUAUUACAAUGCCGUAAACAAGGGUGUUGCAACGGUUAUGGUGUCUUACUCUGCCUGGAACGGUUUGAGAAUGCAUGCUAACAAGGAACUUGUCACGGGUUUUCUCAAGAACAAGUUGAAGUUCAGAGGCUUUGUCAUCUCGGAUUGGCAGGGGAUUGAUAGGAUCACAACUCCUCCGCAUCUUAACUAUUCAUACUCUGUCUAUGCGGGAAUCAGCGCUGGAAUUGACAUGAUCAUGGUUCCAUACAACUUCACCGAGUUUAUAGACGAAAUCAACAGUCAGAUACAGAAGAAGCUGAUUCCGAUAAGCAGGAUUGAUGAUGCCGUGAAGAGAAUCUUAAGGGUCAAAUUUACAAUGGGACUCUUUGAAGAGCCACUGGCUGAUCUCAGCUUUGCCAACCACCUUGGUAGCAAGGAACACAGAGAACUAGCUCGUGAAGCAGUGAGGAAAUCUCUAGUGCUGCUCAAGAACGGUAAGACAGGCGCUAAACCGUUGCUUCCGCUGCCUAAGAAAACAGGGAAGAUCCUUGUGGCGGGAACACACGCUGAUAACUUGGCAUAUCAAUGUGGUGGCUGGACCAUCACCUGGCAAGGCCUUAACGGCAACGACCACACCAUCGGUACAACUAUCCUCACGGCUGUGAAGAAUACUGUGGCUCCAGGGACACAAGUCGUCUACAGCCAAAACCCCGAUGCGAACUUCGUGAAGUCGGGCAAAUUUGACUACGCCAUUGUGGUGGUUGGGGAGCCGCCUUAUGCUGAAAUGUUUGGGGACAGCACAAACCUGACCAUAAGUGAACCUGGUCCAAGCACGAUAGGGAACGUGUGCGGGUCAGUGAAGUGUGUGGUGGUUGUUGUCUCUGGCCGUCCAGUGGUGAUCCAGCCUUAUGUCUCGACCGUUGAUGCCCUCGUGGCGGCUUGGCUUCCGGGAACGGAAGGUCAAGGAGUGGCUGAUGCUCUGUUUGGUGAUUAUGGGUUCACGGGGAAGUUGGCUCGGACGUGGUUCAAGUCUGUGAAGCAGCUACCGAUGAAUGUUGGCGAUCGGCAUUACGACCCCUUGUACCCGUUCGCUGCGAUUCUCCGCAUCUAUCAGCAAUUUUCCGACGACGUUUACGCUUCUCUCACCAGCCACCGCCGUUUCACCUCAUCGUUUCCGUCUGAAGCAACCCAGUGUGUGGAGAUGGACAUAAACGACAUGGACAUCGACGAGAUCGAUCUCUCUGAGCUAGGAGAAAAGUUUCUCCAGAAUUUCUGCAGAAAAGCUUCAACAUCUUUCUUUGAAGAGUAUGGACUUGUAAGUCAUCAGCUCAAUUCCUACAACUUCUUCAUCGAACACGGGCUUCAGAAGGUGUUUGAUUCAUUCGGGGAGAUGGUCGUGGAGCCGUCUUUUGAUCCAACGAAGAACAAGGACCACGAUAAGGUUCUUCAGGAUUGGAGAUACGCAACGGUGAAGUUCGGGGAAGUCAGCGUGGAGAAGCCCUCAUUCUUUUCCGGUGGAAAGGAGCUUCAGUUACUCCCAUGGCAUGCCAGGCUUCAGAACAUGACCUACUCUGCUCGGAUGACUGUAAACGUCCAAGUUGAGGUGUUCAUCAAAAAGGUUGUUAAAAGCGACAAAUUCAAGACAGGGCGAGACGAUUAUGUCGAGAAGCAGAUAUUAGAUGUCAAAAAGCAGGACAUUCCAAUUGGUAGGAUUCCAGUGAUGGUGAAAUCUGUCCUUUGCAACUCAGGCGAGAAAGGGAAUAAGGAGGAAAACUACAAAAAGGGGGAUUGUGCCUUUGACCAGGGUGGAUAUUUUGUGAUUAAGGGAGCUGAGAAGGUCUUCAUAGCUCAAGAACAGAUGUGCAUAACGAGAAUGUGGAUUUCUAAUUCACCAUGGACAGUCUCCUUCAGGUCCGAAAACAAAAGGAACAGAUUCAUUGUACGUCUCACAGAGGAUCAGAAAUCAGAAGACUACAAGAGAAGGGAGAAAGUACUGACAGUGUACUUCCUGUCGACUGAGAUCCCUGUCUGGAUCCUAUUCUUUGCGCUGGGAGUUUCAUCAGACAAAGAGGCUAUGGAUCUCAUUGCAUUUGACGGUGAUGAUGCAAGCAUUACCAACAGUCUUGUAGCUUCUAUCCACGAAUCUGAUGCGGUUUGCGAAGCCUUUCGCUAUGGGAAAAAUGCUAUGGAAUAUGUUGAAGAGCAGAUAAAGAGCACUAAAUUCCCACCCGGCGAAAGUGUGGCUGAGUGCUUGCGGAUGUACUUGUUUCCAGGCCUCAAAAGUUUGAAACAGAAAGCACGUUUCAUGGGCUAUAUGGUGAAGUGUCUUCUGAAUGCAUAUGCUGGGAAACGACAAUGUGAGAAUAGAGAUAGCUUUAGGAACAAGAGGAUAGAGCUAGCUGGAGAACUGCUAGAGAGGGAGAUAAGGGCGCAUCUGUCACAUGCUAGAAGAGCCAUGACCAAGGCCAUGCAGCGACACCUCACAGGCGAUGGUGAUUUGAAGCCGAUCGACCAUUAUAUGGAUGCUUCCAUUAUCACAAAUGGGCUUAGUAGAGCCUUCUCCACUGGACAAUGGUGUCAUCCUUUCAGGAAGAUGGAAAGGGUUCAUGGCGUUGUAGCAAAUCUGGGUCGUGCCAAUCCAUUGCAGACUCUGAUUGAUCUGAGGAGAACGCGACAGCAAGUCCUGUAUACUGGCAAGGUUGGAGAUGCUAGAUAUCCGCAUCCCUCUCACUGGGGAAGAGUAUGCUUUUUGUCAACUCCAGAUGGCGAAAACUGUGGUCUGGUGAAGAACAUGUCUCUCCUUGGACUUGUUAGCACUCAUGUUUUGGAGCCUGUGGUGGAAAAGCUCUAUGACUGUGGAAUGGAAGAGCUAGUGGACGAUACUAGCACAAACCUGUGUGGCAAACAUAAAGUUCUUAUUAAUGGAGACUGGGUUGGAGUAUCAUCAGAUUCUGAAUACUUUGUUGCAGAGUUAAAAAGCAGGCGACGUCAAAGUGAAUUACCCCGUCAGAUGGAAAUCAAGCACGAUAAAGACAACAACGAGGUGAGGAUUUUCACUGACGCUGGCAGAUUACUCCGGCCUCUCUUAGUUGUGGAAAAUCUCCACAAGUUGAAGCAGAGUACUAAACCAUCACAGUACUCGUUUGAGCAUCUUCUCGACCAAGGGAUUCUCGAGCUUGUUGGGAUUGAGGAAGAAGAAGACUGUUCAGCUGCAUGGGGAAUCAAACAGAUUCUGAAGGAACCAAAGAGUUACACGCAUUGCGAGUUGGACCUGUCUUUACUGUUGGGUGUGAGUUGUGCAAUAGUUCCAUUUGCAAAUCACGAUCAUGCUAGGAGGGUUCUCUACCAGUCCCAGAAGCAUUGCCAACAAGCUAUUGGUUUCUCAUCAACAAACCCUAACAGCCGCUGUGAUACGCUGUCCCAGCAGCUAUUCUAUCCCCAGAAGCCUCUUUUCAAGACGCUGGCGUCGGAAUGUCUUCAAAAAGACUUUUUGUUUAAUGGCCAGAACGCCAUAGUUGCUGUGAACGUUCACCUUGGGUACAACCAAGAGGAUUCCAUCGUGAUGAACAAGGCUUCAUUAGAACGUGGUAUGUUCCGUUCAGAGCAGAUUAGAAGCUAUAAAGCAGAGGUUGACAGCCGAGACUCGGAGAAAAGGAAGAAGAUGGAUGAGCUUGUGCAGUUUGGAAAGACACAGAGCACAAUUGGCAGAGUUGACAGCCUUGAUGAUGAUGGCUUCCCUUAUGUUGGUGCUAAUAUGCACAGUGGUGACAUUGUCAUUGGAAAAUGUACCGAAUCCGGGGCUGAUCAUAGUACUAAACUCAAGCACACUGAGAGAGGGAUUGUGCAAAAAGUAGUAUUAUCAUCUAAUGAUGAUGGGAAGAAUUUUGCUACGGUUUCUCUGAGACAGGUUCGUUCUCCAUGUCUUGGAGAUAAGUUUUCCAGCAUGCAUGGCCAGAAGGGUGUUCUAGGAUAUAUAGAGGAACAGGAGAAUUUUCCUUUCACGAUCCAAGGCAUAGUUCCUGAUAUCGUGAUAAACCCGCACGCUUUCCCUUCAAGGCAAACACCGGGCCAACUCUUGGAGGCUGCUCUCGCCAAAGGUAUAGCUUGUCCUAUCCAAAAGAAGGAGGGCAGCUCUGCUGCAUACACUAAGCUGACACGCCAUGCCACUCCUUUCUCCACUCCGAGUAUUAGUGAAAUCACCGACCAGCUUCACAGGGCUGGAUUUUCAAGAUGGGGAAAUGAAAGGGUCUACAAUGGUAGAUCUGGAGAGAUGAUGCGUUCACUCAUAUUCAUGGGGCCAACUUUCUACCAGCGACUUGUCCACAUGUCAGAGGACAAAGUCAAGUUCAGGAACACCGGACCAGUCCACCCGCUCACACGCCAGCCAGUUGCAGACAGGAAGCGGUUCGGCGGAAUCAAGUUUGGAGAGAUGGAGCGAGACUGCCUAAUAGCUCACGGUGCAUCCGCAAACUUGCACGAGCGUCUCUUCACGCUAAGUGAUUCUUCACAGAUGCACAUCUGCAGGAACUGUCAAAACGCUGCAAGUGUGAUAGAGUGGUCAGGAAGCGGAAGCAGUGGGAGAAAGAUCAGAGGGCCGUAUUGUAGACUGUGCAAGUCUCCGGACCAUGUGGUUAGGGUCUAUGUGCCUUAUGGAGCUAAGCUUCUGUGCCAGGAGCUUUUCAGUAUGGGCAUCACUCUCAACUUCGAGACUAGGCUCUGCUGA